GGCGUCUGCUCGCUCAGUCCCGGCGCUGACGGUGCGGGAAGCGGACGGCUGACCGCGACACGGCGCCAUGGCGGCUUACCGCAUAGAUAUAAUAUUAUGUGUUUUGCUGGCUCAAAUAACUAACUGUCAGAGACAAUGGGAAACCCUUAUCAGACACUGGAGACCACGAGAUGCUAUGGUAGAUGUAACUAAUGGAUUUGGAAUAGCGAUUAUUCAGGACUAUGCAUACACAAGGGGGAAUUUUGCAUUCUCCCCUUAUGGAGCUGCAUCUGUGCUGGUCGUACUCUAUGAAGGUUCCAGGGGCAAAACAGCCAGCCAAAUACAACACGCUUUACAGCUGCCAUGGGACUGUGUAAUUACAAGGAUUGGUUUCAGAGACAUCCAUCGCCACUUAAGGAGCUACUUUUUACAUGAAGGCUAUUUGAGUGGUGUAUCAAUGAGCAAGGAGAAUGUUCAUCUGCUGCCAGAAUUUCAAGAUGUACUUAGGUUUUAUGGUUAUAGCCUUGAAUCAGAAAUGACCACUCAGUCACAAACAAGUACAGAAGUUACAUUAAAUACAUCAUCUCCUGCAACAGUUACUAUCACAACAGAAGAACAAACUAUAGAUACUAAAGGAACAACAGACAUGUCUGAUUUGACUACUUCUGUAAAUGUUGUGCCUCCUUCAGUGACCACCAGCCCAAAUUUGCAAACUAUAACACCGACAAAAUUUUAUGAAUCUACUGAUUUCAGUUCUGACAACAUUGCAAACAAUAUUACUACAAUAGCCCCUGAAGAAUUUCAAACAACUAUAACACAACAGCCUAGUGUGGUAACAGAGACACCAACAAUAUUUGUGAACAAGGAAGAAACUGAAAUGGUCACUAAUCCCACACCUAUAACCACACAAAGCUCAGUUCCACAGAGUAAUGGUAUCUCAGUAGAAGCAACAACAACAAAUGAGGUUGGGUCCACAUAUUUUCCACAGGUGACAGAAACACUGACAACAUCAAAUCCAAAACCAGGAAGUACUACAGAAACGGUACCUCCAAGAGAAGAAUCAGUUUCCCCUGAAAAUCAGAGCACCUAUAGCAGUGUUUCCACUAUGACACUUGCAAAUACUGAGUCAACUGACUAUACAUUCAAAGAACCAUUAACUUCUGAAGGAGAUACAACCACCACUGAGGCAAUCACAACCGAAUUUGGACUAGCUACUACAGAAAUGCUGUCUGAAAUACCAAGCACAACAGUUACUUCUUAUGCAACUAAUGAAGUAACAGAAGCAAAAAUGAACAAUGAUAAUUCUAAUGAUAAUACUGAGAUAACUUCCACAAUAUUUACAAGUUUAGAAAUGAAUGAUGAUUUGCAUUUUACCAGAGAAACAGCUACAGAAACAACUACCAAAGCUGAGAAUACUGACAGAGAAAGAAGGGAAGUUGAAGGGUAUAGAUCAGCUUGGCAGAGCACUUUGGUGAAAGCAGGACAUAUUGCAAGAAGACAGACAUGUCACAUGAAUCCUUGUUAUCCAUUUUUGAUUGAUGGGAUUCAAGAGGAAUAUGUUCCUGUCAUGUCUCUUACUGCUACAUUUCGAUUUGCUUAUCUCAGAAAACUCCAUGCUACUGCUUUAGAAUUCCCACUUGAUAAUGAUAAGUAUAAGCUUCUCUUAAUUUUACCAGUGGACAAAUGUGGAUUAAAAAGCCUCAUAUACUCUCUAAGUUUAUAUCCAUUGCGGCUGGUGUAUGAAGCUUUGGUUCUCACAAGAGUGAAUGCUGUCAUACCAACAUUUAUGGCAGAUGGUGAUAUUUCUCUGUCAACAUCCCUAAAAAAGUUAGGCAUCUGGGACAUUUUUGAUCCCAAAAGAGCAAAUCUGACUGGUAUGAGUGAUGAUCCAGAGCUUUAUGUACGAAACAUCGAACAAACCAUCAAAGUUAACAUCAGAAAUUAUAUGGAUUCACAAAAUGGUGAGCUAGCUGCUUAUGGACCAAUCGAGAGAUUUUAUGCAACGCAUCCAUUUUUAUAUUUUGUACUUGAUAAGGAGACUCAUGUAACACUGAUUUUGGGUAAAAUGACCAACCCUCUCAGUAAAAAAAUAAACUGAUUUCUUGACAUUUACAA